AUGACCUCCGAUACUGCCCCAGGAGUUCAACACCGUGAAGGCCUUCAUCCGACUCCUACAGUUGCUGCGACACCUCACCUCCACCCCGCCCAUGAGCUCCAUCCUCCCGAGGUCGCUCCGGGAGACAAACUUUUGAAGAACGGCACCUCCGGUGAACCUCAGGAAAGCUUGAAGAGGUGCUACGGAGUGGGGGAAGGUGACACGGGGCAAGAUGGGUCGGUGGGGAGUGCUAAUGGAAGUCGGGACAGUAAUUCAAGCUCGAUCGACCCGAUAGUUCCCCUUCAACAAACAUCGUCAACAGCUUCGUCCGAAAAUUCUUGGUUGUCCAUGGCGGACGAACCGCAGCAGCUCCCUACUUCAGAGCCAACCAAAAGCAAAGAUAAACUCCGGGCUGUUGGGACACCUAUUACUGAAGUUGACAAGGUUCUUAAGCUCUCGCCUACUCGGCUGGGGGAGCUUGUAAGCGAUAACCCAGGACCACCAGUUUUACUUCGUCCAGCUUCUCCAAUAUUCACCCGUUUACCUGCACCGCCCGAACUGCCAGGAGCACCUAGGUCGCGCCACAGGUCGGCAACAAACCCACUCAGUACCUCACCAGUGACCUUUAAGGUCUCAUCGACUGCGCGUCCCCAUCUCGCACCCCAGGAGCGCACACUUUCAGCUCUUCCGGGGAUGAAACGGUCAAGGUCCUCCCCACGCGCAUUGCAACUUAACACCCAAAGUUCCAAUAACCGGCCACCCCAGCAGCAACGAGGACGAGCCACCGAGAAGCCAGGAGUUCCAAUUUCUCCCCAAAAAACAUUCGAUACAUUUUCCCCAGCGCUGCAUUUUGGCUCCGAUGGCGCUAACGACCCAGCAUCAGCAAAACCCGCAAACAAUUCAGUGCAUACAAAUCGAGAGAACGGGGUAGUUUCCUCGGCGCAGUCUCACCCCCCCACGACUACACACCUUUUGAAAACCGCCACGCCUACACCCGCAUCGUUCCCACCCUUACCUAUACAAAGAUACCUUUCUCUAGCUCUCUCCUCACCAACAUCCUCAAGCGCUCCCCCAUCUAUGAACUUUACAUCCGAGCCACCAGCAAGACUACAUCAGCAGACGCAGACCUACGGCCCGCCACAGCACCAUCCAGACGACACGGCAGAGAUUGCAAUAGAGCGAAUCAUGAACGUUCUUCUCCUUCCACCCAAGCUUGAGGGUGCGCUUUGGUUUGGGGCACUUGCUUGCUUAGAUAGUUGGCUAUACAUGUUUACGAUAUUGCCACUGCGAUUCAUGCGAGCUCUGGGCUUACUCUGUACGUUUUGGUGGGGGGGGUUAAUGGGGUAUUGCACGCGUAGCAGAAGAGAUGUGAAAGAUCACAGACCUAGAAGCAGGGGUAGUAGCAACAUAACUAAAGGAGAUGUGAACAAGUGGGAGAAACCCAAGAGAGAUAAACCUCUUAGUUCUAGGAGGAAGGCGGCGAGGGUUUCCGACCUUUUGCCUAGCCACAAGGCAGAUAUAUUAAGAGGAUUAGUGGUUUUUUGCACAUGUUGGAUACUCAUGAGGUUCGACGCUAGUCGAAUGUAUCAUUCAAUCAGAGGCCAGAACGGUGUCAAACUAUAUGUCAUAUAUAACAUGUUAGAGGUUUGGGAACCUCCCCGAUUUUCCAGAUCAAACAUCUGCUAAUUCCAUAGAACCCGAUAGAUUAGCGAUAAGUUAUGCUCCGCAUUAGGGCAGGACAUUUUUGAAUGCCUCUUCUCUAAAGAGACACUUGAACGGGGGUCGGACGGUCGUAGCAAGUUAUUGAGGCCCUUUGGAUUCUUCCUGUUAGGCCUAGCUUAUAAUAGUAACAUCUUUCCGUGCCCCACGCCGAAUAUUGGAUCCGUGAGCUAACAUGCAACCACAGCGGCUCACUCCACGGCUCUAUUCUAUCAAGUUAUUACCCUCAAUGUCGCUGUGAACUCAUAUUCUAACGCUCUCGUUACACUUAUCCUCUCGGUCCAAUUUGUCGAGAUCAAAUCCACUGUCUUCAAAAAAUUUGAGAAAGAAAACCUCUUUCAACUGACCUGUGCCGACAUUGUUGAGCGGUUUCAGCUAUGGUUGAUGCUGAUUAUAAUAGCGUCACGGAAUCUCGUCGAAACAGGCGUGUGGUCGUUAGCCGGACCGGACACCUCCAGUGCCAGUGGAGCGGGUGUAAUGCCCAAGAGCUUCACCCUGUUCCCCAAAUGGACUGGCCAAGUGAUCGGGCCAUUCCUUCUAGUUCUUGGAAGCGAAAUGCUCGUCGACUGGCUAAAGCAUGCAUACAUCACCAAAUUCAACAAUACCCGCCCAGCUGUAUAUGAAAGAUUCCUAGACGUUCUUUCCAAAGACUACUACUCUCAUGUAUCCCCCCUUUUUUUCAAACUCUGUCCACAAGCUAAUGGUAAGCAGGCGUUCGCCGAUCAAAACCUAACAAAGCGGCUUGGCCUGCCGGUGAUCCCCCUGGCUUGUCUCUUCAUCCGUGCUAGCCUCCAAACGUAUCAAAUGUUCCUAGCAACACAAGUCCCACUUCCUAUGCCCUCAACAACAACCUCUCUGAGCGAAUCCCACACAUCCCGCACUACAACCGAAGCUUUAACAAACAUCGAUGUCCUCCUCCGCCGAGCCCUCGGCCAUUCUCCGACCUCGCUUCCCACCUCCCUGCCCGACAACCUUGUGGCAACCGCCAUGUUAUUAAUAUUCUUUAUCGGCUUCUUCCUCGUUUUCCUUGUCCUCAAAAUUGUCCUCGGGAUAUGUCUACUGAGCUUCGCCAGACGAAGGUAUAAGGGCAUGAAGGACCGGGAAAGAAUGAAUUUCCUGACCGGCGCCAGAAGGGUAGGCGGGUUCGGCACCAUUGAGGUUAAUGAGGACCAAAAGAAAUGGAUUUACGCCGAUGACCCCGAGGGGGCAAGUUUAGCACGAGAGAGGGAUUCAAGGCCGAUCCCACCGGGUCCAGGGUUGGAAACUGUGAAGAGGUAUAGCAUGGCGGCGAAGAGGAUUUGGUGAUGGGUACAGAUAUUCCUGGUGCCCGUUUUUGUCUUUUUCUUUCCUUGUACCAUUCGGGGCUUCGAUGCAUUGUAAAAUUCACUUCAUCUGAAUUUCAAGGGCCAGUUGACUGGGUGUAUGUACUAUUACGGCAGCUAUCUUUCAAUUUUCUUGUAACAUGGGGCAUGCGUCUGUGAGGAUACAGCACAGCUGUGGACUCGACGGCAGCAAGAAUCCUGAUAAUGAUUUAGUGUUUUCUCCGC